AUCCUUUCGUGCACGCAGGUAUCGUAGGCCACCGACCUCGAUCGCGCAUCCUCCGAGGACUCCUGCGUCAAAACCAAAACAAGGCAGAGGACUCGACCGACCCACGUGCGGGCGGCUGCUCACCAGGAACAAUGGGGAAAAAUGCUAUAAAUACCCAGAAAAAGAAACUAGCGAAAGCCCAGAAGAAAAAGGCAGCCAAACCAAGUUUAGAAACCCUUUCCACAGAAGAACUACUAGCCAAAGCACAGGAGUACAUUGACUGUUUCCAGUAUGAAAAUGCCCAAAAGUAUUGCCAAGAAGCUCUUAAAAGAGAACCUGACUAUAUCCCCGCUUUAGAAACCUCUGCCACUCUUUGUCUUGAGACUGGAAAUCUGGAUGGCGCAAAACACUGCCUUGGGCGUGCCAUCACACUCCAACCAGAUGAAGGCUAUUCAAAGUAUUUAUCCAUGGCACAGCUCAUGGAAGGUAAUGAGUCACUACAGUGCUAUCAGAAAGGAAUAGAAAUUUUGGCUGAAACUAUUGCUCUGGCACAGAAGUCUGCGGAUAACAAAAGUAAAGACACAAAUGACGCAGAAAACAUGGGCACCGAAAAUGGAACUACAAAUGAGGAGAUGUUACCUGAUGGAGCCAAAGCAGAAUUGGAUGAACAACCUGAAGACUCAAAAGAAGGGAAAGCUGCUCUGAUACGCAAAAUUUCAACGGCGUGUUGUUCAGUGGCUGAAUUAUAUAUGACCGAUCUGUGUGAUGAGGAAGAAGCGGAGAAUCAGUGUCUUGCAUACAUAAACAAGGCCAUAGAAACAGACCCCAGCAAUCCAGAGGCUUUCCAGUUUAUGGCCAGUUAUCAGUUGGUAAGACAGCAGCCGGAUGAAGCCAGGACAUUUAUAAAGAAGUCAAUAGAUCUUUGGCUACCCAAGUAUAAAGAGAUUCACGAAGGGACGGCAGAAGCAGGAUCCUUUGACCCAAUUGAUGUUUGUCCACUAUCAUACCCAACGAGACUGAGUGCUGCUAGAACUCUGAUUGAAGUCCAAGAAUACGACAUUGCUGUAGAAGUCCUGGAAGGGUUGUCAGAGGAAGAUGAUGAGAUUGUUGACACCUGGUACUUGCUGGGAUGGCUGAAUUACCUUCAGGGAGAAGAUCACAAAGAUUCCGCAAGACUCUAUUUCCACCGGGCUAAACAGGUUCAUGUAAUAGCUCCUUCUGAAGAUAACCAACUAAUUGAACAUUUGGAGGAGUUAAUACAAGAGUUGGGACCUCUAUCUGAAGAGGAUCUUGAAGAGGAAGCUGUAGAUGAAGAAGACGUAGAAAACGAGCUACAGAGAGAAUCUGAUGAAGAAUCUAAUGAAGAGGAAAUGGACACAAGCUAAAUAGGAAUAUGAUUUAAAGAAUCUUCUUUUCUUUUAUGUGGAUAUAUAUGGUAUUUUUUCAUUAUGGCUUUAUUUAGACUGGCUGCUUUGUUUGAAAAUCUGAAAACUUCAUAUUUUGUUAAGAAUGUAGUCACAUUAAAUUAUUAUAUUGUUGAAUAUAAAGAGUGAAAAAUUGUGCUAAAUACUUUAUAUUGAAUGUUAUAAUACUCUCUAAUAAUAAAGAAGUUUUGAAGUUUGAA